CAUGAUGUCGCUCUUAUCCACCAAAUGGUAUCCUAGUCAAAAAGAGAAGCCUUUCCACUAGGAAGACUCCUCUGUUUCACUCUUCCUAUGCUCAACAAUGGCAAGCUUAUAGGGAAUGGAAUGAAGGAAUAAAAAGAUUCUACCAAAUUUUGACGCAAGUGUCGCUGACGAAAAUAAACGUCAGUCAUUUGAGAUGGUCUACUUGAGCGAAUACAAUCGGAAGAACCAACAAUUACUCCUGCUUAUGAUAAUCCUGGCAGCCUGGCAGGCAGGGAGCGGCCAGCUGCACUACUCCAUCCCGGAGGAGGCCAAGCACGGCACCUUCGUGGGCCGCAUCGCGCAGGACCUGGGGCUGGAGCUGGCCGAGCUGGUGCCCCGCCUGUUCAGGGUGGCGUCCAAGGAUCGCGGGGACCUUCUGGAGGUAAAUCUGCAGAAUGGCAUUUUGUUUGUGAAUUCUCGGAUCGACCGGGAGGCGCUGUGCGGGCGGAGCGCGGAGUGUAGCAUCCACCUGGAGGUGAUCGUGGACAGGCCGCUGCAGGUUUUCCACGUGGAGGUGGAGGUGAGGGACAUUAAUGACAACCCGCCUGUAUUCCCAGCCACACAAAAGAAUCUGUUUAUCCCAGAAUCCAGGCUGCUUGAUUCUCGGUUUCCACUAGAGGGCGCCUCUGAUGCAGACGUCGGUACCAACGCUCUGCUCACUUACAGGCUGAGCCUCAAUGAACAUUUCUUGCUGGAUGUACCACCCAACCACCACCAACUGAAACCUCUUGGACUUGUGUUACGGAAACCUUUAGACAGGGAAGACGCUCCUGGGUUGCAUUUACUGCUCACGGCCAUGGACGGAGGCAAACCAGAGCUGACUGGUACCGUUCAGUUACUCAUCACAGUGCUGGAUGCCAAUGACAAUGCUCCCGUUUUUGAUAGGUCAUUCUACACAGUGAAAUUACCAGAAAACGUUUCCAGUGGGACAUUGGUUAUCAAAGUUAAUGCCUCAGAUUUAGAUGAAGGCGUGAAUGGGGAUAUUAUGUACUCGUUUUCUAGUGAUGUUUCUACAGAUAUAAAAUCCAAGUUUCACAUGGAUGCUGUGAGUGGAGAAAUUACAGUUAUAGGACUUAUUGAUUAUGAAGAGGCAGCAGACAAAGGAAAUCCUCCAAUGACAGAUCACUGCACAGUUCUAGUGGAAAUAAUGGACGUCAAUGAUAAUUCACCUGAAUUGGUCACCAAGUCACUGUCACUACCUGUAUUAGAAAACUCUGCACCUGGCACUGUCAUCGCCUUGAUCAUCGUAUCUGAUCGUGACUCUGGAGCUAAUGGCCAGGUGACUUGCUCCCUGACGCCCCACGUCCCCUUCAAGCUGGUGUCCACUUUCAAGAAUUACUAUUUACUGGUGCUGGACAGCGCCCUGGACCGCGAGACCAAAGCUGACUAUAAGGUGGUGGUCACUGCGAGGGACGGAGGCUCGCCUUCGCUGUGGGCCUCGGCCAGCGUGUCUGUGGAGGUGGCUGACGUGAACGACAACGCGCCUGCGUUCGCGCAGCCCGAAUACACGGUGUUCGUGAAGGAGAACAACCCGCCGGGCGCCCACAUCUUCACGGUGUCGGCGGUGGACGCGGACGCGCAGGAGAACGCGCUGGUGUCCUACUCGCUGGUGGAGCGGCGGGUGGGCGAGCGCGCGCUGUCGAGCUACGUGUCUGUGCACGCGGAGAGCGGCAAGGUGUAUGCGCUGCAGCCUCUGGACCAUGAGGAGCUGGAGCUGCUGCAGUUCCAGGUGAGCGCGCAGGAUGCUGGUGUGCCUGCUCUGGGAAGCAACGUGACUCUGCAGGUGUUCGUGCUGGAUGAGAACGACAAUGUGCCGGAGCUGUUGCUACCAAGGACUGUUGGCGUUGGCGGCUCAGUGAAUGAGGUGGUACCUCGGUCUUUGGGGGCCGGCCAGGUUGUGGCGAAAGUGCGUGCGAUAGAUGCGGACUCUGGCUACAACGCAUGGUUGUCCUAUGAGCUGAAGCCCGCCGAGGCGGGCAUGCAUAGUCCGUUCCGUGUAGGCCUGUACAGCGGCGAAAUCAGUACAACGCGAGCUCUGGAGGAGACCGACGCACUGCGACAGCGUUUGCUAGUGUUGGUGAAGGAUCAUGGAGAGCCAGCGCUGACGGCCACCGCUACCGUGUUGCUUUCUUUAGUAGACAGCAGCCAAGCCCAGAAGGCCUCAUCUAGGGUGUCGCUUGGCGCCUCCAGCCUGGAUACGCGGCUCGUGGAUGUCAACGUGUACCUUAUCAUUGCCAUCUGUGCGGUGUCCAGUCUGUUGGUGCUUAUGCUGCUGCUCUACACAGCACUAUGCUGCUCUAGAGCGUCCAGGGAGGGCGUGUGUGGUCCUAGGAAACCGGUUCUGGUGUGCUCCAGCGCGAUGGGGAGCUGGUCUUAUUCAAAACAGCGUCAAAAAAGUGUGUGUUCCGGAGAGGGCCCGUCCAAGACCGACCUCAUGGCCUUCAGCCCCAGCCUACCUCAGGGUCCCAGCUCUACAGAGAACGUGAGUCUUCAGUAA